AUGUCAAACCCAGGAAUCUACGCUGAUUUAGUCAAAGUCCCAUCUGAUUUGAUCAAGAAGGACUACCCAGAGACCCAACAAAUCGAAAUCACCGAAAACUUGUCUGGUUACCCAAUCUCAAUUGUUGGUACUGUCAGCCGUAAGACCGAUGGUUCAAUCACCACCUCUGUCAACCCAAAGUUGAACUUGGACAGCCGUUUCAAGAAUGCUAAGAUCAGUGUAACUGGAGACAACUCCAAGUUCGGUAAGGGUGAAGUUACCUUUGAAAACCUCGCUCCAGGUUUGAAGGCUGUCUUGACUGUAAGUGUUGAAAAACAACAGAUUACAUUUUCACAUAAAUCAGGUGCCCUAAGCAGUAAACUUACAUUUUCUAAUUCUAAAAUUAAACCAAAAACAAAAAAAUAUAACAACAACAACAACAAUAACUAUAACAAUACUCAAUCAAAUAUAUUAUCACAGGCUGAUACCUCAAAGUUGGUUCAAUCCGAAUUCCAAUACAAGAAGGACAACUUGGCUUUGACUGCCAUCCUCCGUUCCAACAAGAAGAUCCUCACCUCUGCCGUCUUUGGUUUCUCCAACUUUGCUUUGGGUCUCCAAGCCAACGUCAACGGAGAGAAGCAAGAGCUCGAGGGAUUGGAAGCCACUUUCUUAUACAAGCGUGAAGGUCUCCUCUUGGCCGUCUCACCAAAGAACAAGGGUCAAUCCUUGGUCUUCUCUGCCUACGACCGUGUCAACGCCAAGUUGGCCAUCGCCGCCGAUCUCGCCGUCGAUUUGCAAUCACCAGAGAAGAACCCACAAUUCACCAUUGGUUCCCAAUACUAUGUUGACUCCAAGUCAUUCAUCAAGGCAAAGGUCAACGGUCAAGGUAGAAUCGGUCUCGGUUACACCGUCCCAGUCAACAACAACACCAAGCUUUCUGUUGCCUUCAACAUCAACGGUAAGGAUCUCUCAGCCGAAGGAAAGCACAACUUUGGUUUCAACCUCGUCCUCAACUUCUAA